AUGUCGACAGAUGAAGAAGCUUGUAUUUCUGAAUCAUUUCAUCUCAAAUGUACCAACGAGGAGGAAUCGGGAAAGGACAAGGGAGACAACUACCCCAUUGAUUAUGAAGUCGACGAGCCGGAGCUAUCUCCAGAUGGAGGCUGGGGAUGGGUAAUUGUGUUUAGCAGCCUGAUGAUCCAUAUCAUUUUAUUUGGAAUUGAAAAAUCGUCGGGAAUAUUUUUCCUUAAGUUUGAUGAAGCAUUCCAGCAACCAGCUAGUAUCACUGCCUGGGUAACCACAGUUCCUGGAGGUCUACGUUCAAUUCUAGGACCCCUGUGUAGCCUGCUGACAAACAAAUUCUCGUUCCGCCCCGUCGUCCUGGCAGGAGCUAUCCUGAUGGCACUAGGGAUGUUGCUGACGGGAUUCGCCAGUAAUAUGGCGUUGAUCUUCUUCAGUUUUGCCAUUGUUGAAGGCCUGGGAAUGUGCCUAGUGUAUUCACCAGCAGUCGUCAUCGUCGGCAAGUACUUCACCAAAAGACGGGGACUGGCUGUAGGCAUCGCGUCCUCAAGUUUUGGAUCAUUUCUCUUCCCAACCUUUAUCGAAUUCGCUUUUGACUAUUACGGAUAUAUGGGUGCGUUUUUAUUGUUAUCGGGGAUAACUUUAAACAUCAUUGUGUGUGGAAGUUUAUUUACACCUCCUCCUGAAAGGAAACUUCGGAGAAG